AUGAGCCAUAGCGGACGACAGGGCAGGAUGAGUGAGGCGGCGGGCUCAGGGGCAGUGAUCCUGGAGGAGCCGGAGACCGCUGGAGCCACUUCCGGGCAGAGGAGUGAGAGCCAGAACCAGGCCCGGGUGCCGCUGCGAUGCCCCUUCUGGCCACGGCAGCAGACGUGGCUCUGUGUAGUCCCUCUGCUCAUCGGCUUCGUGGGCCUGGGGCUCAGUCUGAUGCUGCUUAAGUGGAUUGUUGUGGGAACUGUGCGGGAUUAUGUGCCAACAGACCUGGUGGACGCUAACCGGAUAGGCCAGGAUCCAAUCUUUCUCUCCAAGCCCAGUGGAAUUCCCAAAAGCGCUGAUACUUCUACUACUACUACUACCACCACUAUUACUUCUACCACAGCAGAGGGAGGCAAUCCCACUGCCAAAACAGUGGGGAGAGGCAGGACUCGCUUUACUGCAACCACCACUGCUGUCAACCACAGGGGGGGAGGAGCGUAUGGGAACCAAGUUACCCCAAGGAAUCCUGGGAACCAUAAUGGACGCCAUGGUUUUACUACGACCACCGCAGCGCCAAGAAGCACCUACACGAUUGGAGCAGGUACGGCCAGCCCAUCCCCACUCAACCCCACAGUGCUCCACGACCAAACAGCCAUGUGGACCCCGGAACACACCACCACAGCGGCGGCUGCUACCACGACAACCACACGCAGCCAUGGACACCAUAAAACACCUUCUCCCACUGUGCCACCACUACACUCAGAGCACUUCAAACCAUGCCAUGAGAAGGACUUGGCCUACUGCCUGAACGGAGGAGAGUGCUUUGUCAUCGAGACUCUGAGCGGACCACACAAGCACUGCAAAUGCCGGGAAGGCUACCAGGGAAUCCGCUGUGACCAGUUCCUCCCCAAGACUGACUCUAUUCUCUCAGACCCAAUUGAUCACCUGGGAAUCGAGUUCAUGGAGAGCAAAGAAGUUUACAAGAGACAUGUGCUAUCCAUCACCUCUAUCACCAUGGCCAUCAGCCUCCUUGGCAUAAUCUGCAUGGCCCUGUAUUACCGCAACAAGCGACACAGGGAGAAAUUCCAGGCACAUCUCAAGGAAAACCAGACUCUGAAGAACUACAACUCCAAUAAUGCUCCAGGGGAGGAAAAACUAAUUUCCAACAGUAAUGUGCAGACACAUGAGUAUUGCAAGAGGCUCUUCCAAUGUCCUGUCACUGAGUCCAGUUUCAAUCACUGCAACAUCAGCAAAGCUUCCUGCAACACAUUCUUCAGAAGCAGUGGGAAUACCAAGCAACCUAAGAAGAGCAUCUUGUUCUACAGUCCUAGUCAAAAGAUUCAACCCCCCCACUUGUCAGCAUCAAACAGACCCCCUUCAGUAUCAAAAGUGAGACUUGAUCAGAUUGGAAGAUCCAAGUGUUCAGGUUCUGUCUACAAGCACCUUCAGGAAGUGGAUUCAUCAAAAAAGGAUUCAGAAAAAGGGUAA